AUGACAGACAGAGUUCACCCAUCAAGCAAGCCAAAUGGGAAAGGCAAUGCCACCGCCACACCCGCCGUGGCAACCACCAAUCCACCACUCAAAUUCCCUCCUGCAUCCAAAACUCACCUCCACAACCCUCCGUACCGCCCCACUCCCACUUCUCUCCACCGACACAACCGCCGCCGCUUCACCUGCCGCCGAUGCUGCUGUCUCACCUGCUUCUGGUCCAUUCUCCUCCUCAUCGCAAUCCUCCUUCUAGCCGCCAUUUGCUGCGCCGCCUUCUACGCCCUCUAUCAUCCCCAACGCCCCGAGUUCUCUGUCAGCUCCCUGAAAAUAACUCGGUUCAAUCUCACCACCAAUGCUGCCGAUGGCACCACUUACCUGACAACAAAAUUCAACCUCACGAUCUCCUCCAAGAACCCCAAUAAAAAAAUCAUCUACACCUACAAUCCCAUUUCGAUCGCAGUAUUUUCCAACCAAGUAAAUUUAUCAAUUGGCUCCUUCACAAAUUUCACCAGUUUACCAAACAACAUCUUCAUAAUUCACACCUCUACCGGAUUAUCAUCCCAGGUUCUUGACGUUGAUUCUGUAAAUUCAAUAAAAUCACAUCUGAAGAAGAAAAAAGGGCUGCCGAUGAAGAUUUUAAUGGACACUAUUUUGGAAGUGAAAAUGGAAAAGUUGAAGAUGAAAAAUAUCGGGAUUCGAGUCAUUUGUGAUAGGAUUCAUGGGCAUAUGCCAAAGGGGAAAAAUUCAGCAGUUGCCAACACCUCUAAAGCAAAGUGUAAGGUUGAUCUGCGAAUCAAGAUCUUGAAAUGGAGUUUUUAA